CAAGCAGGGAGAAGACGUCACUAAAGAAACGUUUUUAAAGCUCUUCAUCCUGAGAUGACUGACGUACUGCGGCUGGUGUCAGAAGCGGACGGGCGGACUUUACCUAUUCUCUCCCAGCUCUCUGAAAAAGAUAUUAACUGUAUCUGGGCAGAUGUAUCCACCUACAUUGAACUUCAGAUGACCUUACAGAAGGUUAGCCUAUAUAGCGGGCUUGAUAAAGGGUUAUUAUUUUUUCUAACACAAACAAAAUAACGGUAAAUAUUUGUUUGUGUGUCCCUCACAGCAACACACCUACCAGUGGUGCAACUACAUUUUGCAGCUGUGUCACAAGAGACGCCUUUCAGUCGAGUAGUGGAGGGCUGCAUUAGAGAAACUCUUCUUCUCCUCUUCAGAGCUUUGGCCUCUGAACAAAACAUAUUCCUCACCUUCCAGGGAAUUGGAGUUUUGUCCUUCAAGAACAACACGGUGCGGAUGGAGUUUAACAGAGAUUUUAUUAAUGCCAUGGAUGGAACUGGUCGGCUGCUGUUAGCCUUUAACAAUAGACCUGGGAGCAGUGCCUUUUUACUGUCUGGUGGCCUGUCCAGGCUUCAGAGGCCACAGAUUGUCAACUCCGCCACCCUGCCAACUGUCUGCUCUCCUCGGCCAGACAACAAAGCUGGUGACAAAGAUGAAUGGUGCUUGUCACCAGACCGAGACCAGAGGAAUGCAGGAGAAGUUCCCCAACAGAAAGAAUCUGAAUCCCAUCAGCCACUGCAGCCUGCCAAGAUGAAAGCUAUCAGCCUGUCUGAAGAACUGAAUACAAAACCCCCCAUGGAGGCCACAGACAAGCCCACCACCUCCAUCACACCACCAGAAGUCACUCCCAAACUGGAGGAACCUCGUGUGACCGUCAGCUGCUCCGGCCACAUCCGUGCUGGACAGGAGCUGUGCUACCUGUGUAUGCAGCGGGCCCAAAGAAAUGUUCCAGUCUACCUGAGGGAGCAGCAGCAGGCAGAGGAGAAAGCUCAGGAGAAACUCUUACUGCUUAAAGAACAACAGAGAGACAAGCAGCACAUGCACGAGGAACAGGAGAAGCUGAAUGAGCACCGUGAGCAUGCAAAGCAGGUUGCUACAUUCAACCUGCAAAUGUCAGAGAAGAAAGGCAAGAUGUACGGUCCUCUCUUCCCUACUUCAUUCGUCUUCCCGGCACGGCCCUUCACUCCUGCCCGGAGGAUCCAGCAGCAUCGUUACAUGAACGAGCUUCAGAGUCAAAUAGAGACCCAGCGGCAACAUGGCGCUCGAGACCAGCAGAACAGUCUUCUCAUGGAGCGUCUAGACCAGGUCCAGCUGGUGCAGGAGAUAGCUUUGCAGAAGGCUCAGCAGCUCCAGAGGAAACACGAGAGAACUACGCAUUACAAGAGGGCUCUGGACACUCAGGUGGGAGAUAGGAAGUUCACAGACCCUCCAGAGCGCCAGGCUGACAACUCCGGGUUCAACCGCUGUGAGACAGCAGCCAGGAACGCAGAGAGCCGAGAGAGGGCGCAGAAGCUCUUACGAGUAAAUUUUAGGGCUGCCACUCAGUGGAAGAAGGAAGAACUGCACAACCGCCAAGAACAGGCGGAGGAAGAGCGAGAAGUUCUCAAACACAACAAAAUGGAACUCAUCUUGGACCACGUUAAUCGCUUUGAGAAGAAGCAGGACAUCAGUAAAUCUCUAGAGGACGAGUGGAGUCGCAGCGCGAAACUCAAACACCAGCGAGAGGAAGAGGAGAGGCGCUUCCUGAGGUCUGCUGGUCAGCUCCUGGUAGAUAAGCUUGCACAGUACAGGUGCUGCUGCCAGUGUAAGAGGAGGACCACCAACUGUGGAGAGACCAACAUAUGGAAAGACUCUCACUACCUCUCUGGCUCACAGUUCAUGAUCUGAUGAACAGUGUAGCCUACAGCAGCACUUGGACAUCAAUACAUCACAGCCUAAACCUCAACCCUUGUAACUCAUCAUGUGACGGUCACUAAAGAUAAACAAAUAAAUGGUUCGGUAGAUAAAUAAUAGGUUAAGCAUAUGUGAAGCUAAAGCAUACGUGGAUGUUUUUGGUGUGCAGUAUGCAGUAUCUUCUGUGUUAAUGUUAGAUUUAUUAUUUUUUCUUUCCUAAAAUAGUCUUAGGAGUUCACGUGUGUAGUGAUUAUAUUCUUCAUAAAAUAUGUUUUUAUUUAUUUAUUCAUAUUCAGUUCAAAGAUAUGUAGUCACUGACAGCUAGUUCAGUUUUUUCCCAAGUUGUUCAAAUGCACUUCAGUAAGUACAUCAGUAGGCUGUUCAUGGUAACGCUGAUUCUGACUGUAUUACAUUCAGUAGGACAUUCCGACGGUUGCUGCCUCGAACAAAACAAGAGUCGCUACAGAGUUGCAUCAUCUUGCUUUGUUACAUUGUUAAGGUGGCUUUGCCGAUUUUUAAAUAAGCUUUUAACCAGGAAAUAACAUGAGAAUCAUGACUGCAGACAACUGUUCCCUUUGCAGGGAUUCAGACCGAUAACAGCCCUGCACUGGUGAGUGGUAGUGAUUUUGGGUUGAAGAAAUAAAACUGAUUUCACCCCCUUGAACAAA